UACAAACGAACAUAUUCCCCUGGAACAAAUUGCUUGACAGUUCCAUUGGAACGAUGCCGUGCAGUUAAACUAUCACCGAGCGUCACCAAAACCGUGAAACGGAAGCUAUGGUUGGGAGCAAAGCUAGUUCAGAUUGGUAGAAGUGAGAAGAUCUUUAAGAAGAUGUUCAAACUCAGACAAGAUGACAAGUUGCUGAGCUCUUCACACUGUUAUUUGUCAACAACAGCAGGUCCAAUAGCAGGCCUCCUCUUUGUCUCCACCCAUGUGGUCGCCUUCUGCAGUGACAGACCAAUCAUAUUCUCUUCUCCACAUGAAGAACAGAGCAGAAUGAAUUACAAAGUUAUGAUCCCAAUGAAGAAGAUGAAGAGAGUUAACCAAAGUGAAAAUGUAAACAAUCCAUCAAAAAAGUACAUUCAAGUGGUGACUGUUGAUGGGUUCGAGUUCUGGUUUAUGGGGUUUUUGAGUUAUAAGAUGGCUUUUAAGUUCCUCGAAAACGGGCUUUCUAAGGAUUGAAAUAAAGGUCUCGAAUGGUACGGACGUCUUUUCUUUUCGACGUAUGAAAGAUCUUUAAUGUAA